GAGCCCUCUGGAUCAUCCCUGCUCACAGUGUCUAGACUCAAAUGAAAAUACAGGCCUCGUUCUGGUGGAACAAAAAAAAAAAAAAAAGAAAGCAAGCCAUGCCGGGGCCAAGUUCGGCUCUUUAAAAAUUGAGAAAGAUUGCGACCGAGAGCGGAUGCGACAAGGCUCCUCUGAAAGCAGUCCUGCCAUCUCAAGCAUGAAAUAAAUCUCAUAAUAUCAGCGGAGCAUCAGCCGCUGUUGUCUUCGGUUCCAGAGAGAUCAGUUACAGCAGACCUCUGAGGUUUCUCUGACACACGAUUGGCUGCUCCGCCGUGUGGCGGCGCCUUAUAAUAAACUGCAGCUGCUGUCAGCUUGUGACCGUUCAGACUCACACAGCAGCCGACCUGACCUGGUGGUAUUUUAUUUCACUGCUCUAACAUGUCCUCAGACAUUUCCACAGACUUGGAGCUCGAGCUGGGCGAGCUGCUGCAGGAGUUCCAGGAUGUGGUGGAGGAGAUGAAGGCUCCCUCUCAGAGCAGACCUCACGUGUACCAGCACAUCCUGCAGGAGGCCAAGAGCCGCACAGGGCCGGGGGACGACAGCGGAGUCGAGGACUCGGAUUACAGCAGCGAGGCUUCUUUGGGAAACAGUUUGAACACCAGCGAGGAGGAGCUCCACACAGCGGGGAUAACGUUGGCACCGAAAGCCAAGCUGGGAGACACGAGUGAACUCGAGAGUUUCAUCAACAUGUUGGACCAGGAACUCGCAGAUAUGUGAGGCCAGAGAGAGAGAGAGAAAAGCGAGCCACAUAGACGGUGGGGGAGAAAACAGGCCGGGGGCGACACGGCCGGCUACUGCUGAGCAGAUCUACACCAGAGCAGAUCUGAGGGAGCAAAACGCUCCCCUGGCUGGGGGAAAAGGUUAACAUCAGAAAUUAAAAGGGCACUCCAUUCCAAAAUGCUAGAACACCCCAAGACCCCUGGCGACGCCGCGUCCAGCCGGCAAGACGACAAUCCCCGCAGCAUCAGAUCCAAGACGUGUGACAUAUUCUCGGAACUAGACUCCCAUCUGUCUGGGAAGAGGAGGAAAGCGCUGCAGAGACUAUAGGAGGCACGUUUCAAAUUCCCACAAAUCCGAAAGCGCCCUCGAUCCUCAGUGCCAUCUUUAUUUUUCAAGAAGGCUGAUCUUUGUUUAGCUCAAAAUUACAAAUGGCACUUUAUUUUUUUUUAACUGACGUGGAUUCAAACUUAUUCAGAUCUGCUGUGUAAAUCAUUUGUGUACAGUUCUUGUUGAUCUGUUUUGUUUUGUUUUUUAAUUACAUUGUUGUACAGAUGAAUGCACGUAUAAAUAAACCCGAAUUUUGAUCAAAUGUCA